AUGUUUGACUUCCGAAUGCCCUCCCCCAACCGCCACGCAUACGCAGUCCUCAGUCACGAAGAAGGUUUAGAUACCGACAAACAAACACGAAGAUCUCCUAGUAACUUUGCACGAUUCACGGGAUGGUUCAUCUGGCUAUUAACAAUCUCUGGAAUUAGCGGGGUCUCUUUUUAUGCCGGUCGAAGGUCUACUUAUAUUAGUCAAAAGGGGGGAAUUCAAUGUGAGUAUCUUAUGCCAUCCUAUCCUUAGCCAUGUUCAGGAUCCGAAUCAGAUAUUGACCAAGACACAAUAGUAAGACCGAUAACACGAGUCCUGGAAUACGACCAAAAGUACGGGACACCUGGGUUAGGAAGCAGUACCGCAUGGAGAGCACUAAUUCCCAACCAUGGAGGCUUCUUCAACCACCCAACGCUGGCUCCGCACCGCUCUACAUUUUCUGUAUUCCAUCAACUAAAGUGUCUGGUAUAUUCCCAUCCCCCUUUCUUCUCCUUUCCCCCCUUCCCAUCCUCACCAUAAAAGCACAAACUAACCUCCCACAGAACGGCAUGCGAGAAGGCUACUGGGCCCUCUGGUCUGCACUCAACGAGGAACGAAUGAUCGAAGCGGACGAGAUGCCGGAAAUGUCGACGCCGCAGGAUAUCAUACACUGUAGCGAUUUCUUACGGCAGGUGUUGCUGUGUCAGCCGGAUUUGACGCUCGAGGUGAAGAACUUGACGGACGAGGCGGUGGAGGGGUUUGGGACGGAGCGUGUUUGUAGGGAUUAUGAGGAGUUGAUUGGGUUUGUUGGGGAGUGGGAGGAUUGGGGGGCGAGGGAGAGUUGA